AUGCCUUCACCACGCAAACCUCUUCUGCAGCUGUUGCUGCUUGCUGGGCUGUCCAGUGCCAGAGUCUGUCGGGACCCGUCUAAUGCUCCGCUUGACCUGCCGCUCACUUUGAGCUCGCUGGGCUUCUUGACGCCUAUUUCCAUCGGCACGCCUCCCCAAGAGAUCGUUUCCUUGAUGGAUUGGACCUGGAUCAACCAGUUUACGCUUUCGACGCUCUGCUUGGGCAAUCCUCAUGACACGGUUUCAUGUCUUGCUCCGGGACAAGCUUUCUUCAAUCAAUCCCAGUCAACUACCUUUACGAACCAGACAAGCUUAUAUCCCAGCCGAACAUGGAAUCCGAAUGGCUUCUUCGGACCGGCUCCCCUAACUGUGCAAUUCGGACAUGAUGUCCAGCAUGUUGGCUCUUUAUCGGCGCCCGUCACUUUUAUGCUGGCUGAUAUGCAGUUCCCGCAGCCGGGCGCGUUUCCUUUUACGGGUGUAUUUGGACUUUCGCCGGUUUUCAAGACGGACAAUCAGUCUACGCAAUCUACUUUUUACCAGUUUUGGAAACAAGGGGUGUAUUCCAGUCCUAUUGUGUCGUUUCUGUAUUGUUACAAUAGUACUUUUGGCAAUACUGCACCAGCGCGUUCUCUGUGCAAUGGGAACGAUGCGCUACAAUCACUUGGAGGAUAUCAUGCAAACUUCAUCCAGCCUGGAAGUCUGCAGUGGUACGACAGCGUUGUCAACCUGCAAGUUAACAUCAUCGACAUCAUCACCAGCCCCGAAAUCCUCAACUACUGGGCCCUUCCGGUAACGCAGCACCUGAUUGGCAAUGAAUCGCAACCACUCAACAAGACUGCGUCGGGGGCUGUCUUUGACUAUGCGAGUUUCGGCCGCGGUGCGCCCGUGUCAGUGAACAGCUAUGCUCGUCUGGUUCAGCUUACGGGGGCCACACCGAUUACGCUCGAUGCUUCUGUAGCUCCUAAUAACGGUGCCCAAUCGUUUUAUUCCGUGCCGUGCUCCAAGGUGUCUAAGCUGCCGUCGCUCAAGUAUCAGUUUGGUGCAGGGACUCCCGAGUGGGAAAUCUUGCCGCAGAACUAUGUCGAUAAGAUUGUUAUUUCGAGCACACAGACUGCGUGCGUGCUGAACGUGCGAACUUUGGGGGAUGGAGAUUGGAUUAUUGGGAAUCUUGGGGAGACGUUUGCUAAGGAUAAAGUUAUUUUGUUUGACUUUGAGAAGCUCAAGAUUGGGAUUGCUGAUGCGGUGCGCAAAUGA